ACCAGUCAGCAUUCUUAUUAAUUGAUAAUCCUCCAGGAUACUCCAGUGACACCAAGUUGCCAUUUUGUUUGGAACAAGUCAACAAAAGUAUUGUCUAAUGCUUUAAAACCCCAGGUAUCGUUAGCUAACGUUACACAUGACAGGAGAAACAAUGGGAUGUGUUUUUGCAUGAAAGAACGGUUUCUGGCGCCUUUGUCUGCAGAAAAGCAAAGUGGAACAACUGUAGUUAGUGUUUUGACCAAUCACUUUUAGAGCCUCGUGCAGAGGGGUAUAAAUUUGAGGCAGUUGCCGUAGAGACGUUUGCCACUCAAGAAUUGAACGCAGGAGCCCGUGAUAUCGCGUAAGGAAAACCUGUGAUGAAAACUAAGUUGCUGCAAAGCAUCAGACUGUUUCCCCCUUAUGGCCUUUGGACAACACAAUGUCUAACUUGAAAGUCUUUCCUGCUGUGAGUGGAAAUCCCCCUCCGCCAGAGAUCAUAAAUCCAAAGAGCCAUGGACGUGUAACCAAUCAGCUACAGUACUUGGAGAAGGUGGUGAUCAAAGCUUUAUGGGGGCAUAACUUUUCGUGGCCCUUUCGCCAGCCGGUGGAUGCAGUGGCACUGCGUCUCCCAGAUUAUUAUACAAUUAUCACAAAGCCUAUGGAUCUGAGCACUAUUAAGAAGCGUCUUCAGAACAAAUACUACUGGCAAGCACUUGAGUGUAUACAAGACUUCAAUACCAUGUUCACCAACUGUUAUGUGUACAAUCGGCCUGGAGAUGACAUUGUUUUUAUGGCACAGACUCUGGAGAAGCUUUUUUUGCAGAAAGUGUCCCAAAUGCCCAAGGAAGAGUGCGAAGUAACAGCAAUCACUACAAAGGAAACAUUGAAAGGGAGAAAGAGAAAUGCAGGUGCAGUAAAGCAGAGAUCCUUUGUGUCAGAAGUUGUUCUCCAGCAGACUGUGACGGUCAUUCCACCUGAUGUGCCUCAAUUGAUCCCACCCAUCCAGCUCUCUGCACAAAUUGAUGCACCAAUUAAGAAAGGUUUUAAGAGGAAAGCAGACCCCUCAACCACAUCAGUCAUCAGCAGUAGUGAGGUAUCCCAUGCUGAGGAUCCUUCCUCACCUAGGACAUUAUUCUCCAGGAGGGGCAGUGGAAGACCCAUCAAACCUCCAAGGAAAGACUUGCCUUCUUUUGAGGGCAAGAAGGUCAGACUGUCUGAGCAGCUCAGGUACUGUAGUGAUAUCUUAAAGGAGAUGCUCUCAAAGAGACACUAUGGAUAUGCAUGGCCCUUCUAUACCCCUGUUGAUGCGGUGGCUUUAGGCUUGCACGACUAUCAUGACAUCAUCAAGCAGCCUAUGGACCUGAGCACCAUCAGGACAAAAAUGGAUCAACGUAAGUAUGCAAUUGCAAAGGAAUUUGCCGCUGAUGUCAGACUGAUGUUCUCCAACUGUUACAAAUACAAUCCACCUUCGCAUGAGGUUGUCUACAUGGCAAGAAAACUUCAGGAGGUUUUUGAGGCACGUUAUCUGAAAGUUCCCCAAGAAGCGGAGAGUUUUUCCCUACCUAAUCGACAAGAUGAUGAGGGAAAAGGACACAGAGUGGCAAGUGUGUCCACCUCAGCAAGUUCUGAAAGUGAAAGCUCCUCAGAGGCACAGAGUUCUUCAGAAGAAGUGACCAUGCAGCUGGCCAAUAUAGAGGAGCGGUUGAAAGCUGUCAGUGAUCAGCUGAAGAGACUAACCCAUGAGCCCCCGAUGAAACCUAAGAAGAAAGACAAGUUGAAAAAGGAAAAAAGAGCCAAAGAAAAGGAUAUUGCUAGACUAAAGCAAAAAUCCUUGCAAUACAAAUCUAUUGUAGAAAAAAUGGCCAACUGUAAAAGUUCUUUGCAUGACAACAGACGCGAUAUUUAUGGAGUACCUCUAAAGUGUAAGGAUGAGGUCCCAUCAAAACCAAUGACUUACCAGGAGAAAAAGCAGUUGAAAUUGGACAUUAACAAGCUGCCUGGUGACAAACUGGGAAAAUUGGUGAACAUCAUUCAUGCCAGGGAGUCCUGUCUGCGAGAUUCCACUCUCGAAGAGAUUGAGGUUGACUUUGAAAUGCUCAAGUCUUCCACGCUGAGAGCCCUGCAGAGGUUUGUUGCAGCAUGUCUGAGUAAAUGCAACAAAAAUGUUGUCAAAAAAAAACUGGUAAAGUCAACCGUUGGAAUUCAGACUGGGAAAUCAAAGGAUACCGGUACAUCUCAGGUUGCCAGUAAAGAGCAGCAAUUGAUUAAGAAAAAAGCUAAACCCGUGGCGGCUCCUGACCCUGGCUGCCCUUCAUACCUCAGUGAAAGCAGCAGCUCGUCAUCCAGCUCUGACAGCGGCAGCUGUAGUAGUCUUUCUAGCACUUCUGAUAGCAGUGACUCUGAAUCAGUGCCAAAAACAAAGAAGCCAAAAAGUAAAGACUCUUGCCAAAAAGUUAAGAUGAAGUCAAAGGUGACUUGUGCUCCCCAUGGCAAGCAGAUAUUGGAGACAAAAGAUUUGACAAAAUCUUCAGUCAAGACUUGUCAGCCCCCUCUUCCUGUGCAGUCCUUGGUUGCAGAAACCAAAGGCUACCCGAUACACCAAAAUGCAGACCAGACCUGUGAUGAGCUGACUUUAUCACCUCCAGAUUUAUCUGCCCUUUUAUCCCCCAUGGCAUCUCCAGGAGUGUUGCUGGAUUGGGCUGCCACCAGAUUUGAGCAGGGCCCAGCGCUGUCCCCUAUUAGAGACAGCCCACUGCAGUCCAAAGAGGAAACCAGGUCCAAUUGCAGAUACCCUGAUGAUUUUCCUGAAAGUCAGCUGACUAAUGGGCCUUACACCAACACAGCAAGUACAUUUGCUGAAGAUGAAAAAGUCACAAUUCCCAAAAAGGAAAUAGUUCUGAAAAAUGCUGAGUCUUGGGCAAAGCUGGUGAGGCAGUCAGUCACUGCGGCUGCAAUUAAGUCCUCAAAGGAGAGCUUCCAACAGUUCCGUAAGGCUGCCAUAGAAAAAGAAGAACGUGAAAAAGCACUGAAGAAGAAACUGCUGGAAGAUACCAAGGAGAGGGAGGCUCCUGAAGAGAGCAGUUUACUAGGUAAAGCACAAACAAAUUCAGAACCUAUUGAGGAAGAUAUGGAUUCACCAGAGAGCAUUUGUACAGAAGCUACCCUUGAUGCGCCUAAAGAUGUUGAGCAACAAAAGUCUCAAAUAGAAAUGGUCCCUUUAACAACACAGUCCUUGGUGGACAGGGAAAGAGAGAUGGCCCGCAAAAAGGAGCAAGAACGUCGCAGGAGAGAGGCUAUGUCUGGUAUUGACAUGACUAUGCAACGGGACAUCAUGACUACAUUUGAGCUUAACCUGGACUAAAAAGAAACUGGAUUGACUU